UAGAAAACAAAGCUAAGCGUCUUCCAUACCAGCUAGGGCUGCAGACUCGAGGACUAUCCGAAUUUAUUCUGGAUACAUGAUCGCACAGAAUAUGGAUCUACAGGGGGUGUAGCGUUGUUACAGACCGAGCCUUCUCGGCUGAAAUGACGGCAGGUCACUAACGAAAGCAACGAAAAUACCAUCUGUUUAGUUUAAUUUUUUUCCUCGGGGUUCUUUGUCUUGUCCACCUAACGAUAGCAAAACAUCAUUUUCAUCUCAAUUGCACGAAAUUCAGCUAGUGAUCACUAGCUGCAGCCGGGAUGUAUCACCAUGUUUUCACCUAAAAGAAUCAGCUAAAACGUCGGAUUGUGAAGCAGAAGCAGAGACCCCUCACUCCCGGGUCCCAGCGGGCUGACACCGGGACCUGAAUCUGUUAGCCGCAGCCGCGAAACCCACUGUUUUCGGCGAUAUGGCGGAGCAAGGCUACUCAUCCUGGGCAUACUCCCUAGUUGACUCCAGUCAGGUGUCCACCUUCCUGAUCUCCAUCCUUCUUAUCGUCUAUGGCAGCUUCAGGUCAUUAAACAUGGAUUGUGAGAACCAGGAGAAGGAUAAAGAUGGCAACCCCACAGCAACGGGGUCUUUUAAUAACAGCAACACAAACAACAGCAUUCAAACUAUAGACUCCACACAGGCCCUGUUUCUGCCAAUAGGAGCGUCGGUGUCCCUACUAGUCAUGUUCUUCUUUUUCGACUCGGUUCAGGUGGUCUUCACUAUCUGCACUGCAGUUCUUGCUACAAUUGCAUUUGCAUUCCUGUUGUUACCUAUGUGCCAGUAUCUGACCAGACCCUGCUCCCCGCAGAACAAGAUUUCAUUUGGUUGCUGUGGACGCUUCACCUUGGCCGAGCUGUUGUCGUUCUCUCUUUCCGUCAUGUUGGUCCUCAUCUGGGUGCUGACUGGACACUGGCUCCUCAUGGACGCUUUAGCCAUGGGCUUGUGCGUCGCCAUGAUCGCCUUUGUUCGACUUCCCAGUCUGAAGGUGUCUUGCCUGCUGCUGUCAGGACUGCUCAUUUAUGAUGUUUUCUGGGUGUUCUUCUCAGCUUACAUCUUUAACAGUAAUGUGAUGGUUAAGGUUGCCACUCAGCCUGCUGAAAAUCCCAUAGAUGUUCUUUCCAGGAAGCUCCACCUGGGGCCAGGAAUGGGCCGCGAUGUUCCCCGACUCUCCUUACCUGGCAAACUGGUCUUCCCAAGCUCCACAGGAAGCCAUUUCUCAAUGUUGGGAAUAGGAGACAUCGUGAUGCCAGGGCUGCUGUUGUGCUUUGUCCUGCGUUAUGAUAACUACAAGAAGCAAGCAACAGGGGAGGUCCCGGGGCCUGGCAACAUGUCCGGACGCAUGCAGCGCGUCUCAUAUUUCCACUGUACUCUCAUCGGAUACUUUGUGGGUCUGCUGACUGCCACUGUGGCCUCGAGGAUCCAUCGUGCCGCUCAGCCCGCUCUGCUCUACUUGGUUCCCUUCACCCUGCUGCCUCUGCUCACUAUGGCUUACCUAAAGGGGGAUUUGCGGCGAAUGUGGUCCGAGCCUUUCCAUGCCAAGGCCAGCAGCUCUCGCUUCCUGGAGGUAUGAUGCAACCUGGGGACGAGCAACCAGCGCGGGGACGACUGCUGAUCUUUUCCUCUUUAUUAGAGGAAAGGAGAGAGGGCACACUGACCAUGAGGCCAUGUUGUCAUCACUUCAUGCUUUCCACCAAUCAGUGAAGAAAAAAAAAAUCUCUCAGAAAGGACACCAGAGUGUGGAUCACAACACCCAGACACGAAUCAUCUUUGCCCCCCUACGUCCUUUUCCCGUUUUAUCUCCGGUUCCUCUUUGCCGUUUCUUUCCUGUCCCUUACAGGACAUCCUGCCUAUUCUGUUUUUGUGCUUCCCUCCUCUUUGUCUCCUUUUUUUUCCUCUCUCCCACUGCCCCUCCUUCUGCACGGCCCAUCUCAUAUUUUCCACCUCCCCUCUCUUCUGUCUUUUUGUUAUUCUUUCUGGAUUCCUUUCUCUCUGAUGAACUAAAUGGACCACCCCUCACCCCACCUCAGUUUUUUGUGGACUUACGGUUGUGAGACAUGGCUGGGAUUUAUAUGUAUUUUUUUAGCAUUGUCGUGGUCAUUAUAAUUAAUGUUAAUAUAAUCAAAGAACUUUAACAAGCGAAGAAGAGUUGGAGUGUUGCAGUGGCACAAGAACAGCAACACAGUUCCGAGUUCUCCCUCUUCUUCAGGCUGCCUGUUUCAUCUUCUCCUCCCUGAUGACUCCCCCUGGUGCUCCUGCCCUCUUACUACACCCCCUGUGCGUCCCCAUCCCACCCCUCCCGCUCCAUCUUCUGUUCAUCUGCUGUCCUUACCCCAACAGAUAACUAUGUAUUUUAUUUAGAAAAGUUUUAUUCUUUGCAUAUACAGAAAGGAUGCAUUAAAAUUGUUAAGCCACCUCCCCGCCACCAGCAUUGGGAGUCGAAGGGGGUUGCUUUUAUUUGUAUAUAUGUGUACACAUGUAUUUGCAGUAUCAUGAGUUUCUAUUUGUGUUUGAGAGCAUGUUGAAAAAGAGCGGUAAACUGUUGUCCAGCAGCAGCCUGAUUUAUACUCUGAUGAAUUGUGGAUCCAGCUUUGUGCAAUAGAAACAUCAUGGAAAAAAAAUUUAAAUUUAGACGACAGUUUCCCGCUCUUAUCUUAAAAUGUGAGUGCGUGCGUGAGUGAGUGCUGAACAGAUGAGCAAGCGGUUAUUUUACUCGGUUUUAAUUUGAAAUCAUGUUUAAAAUGACGACAGUAGUCAGGUUUGCAUUGAGCUGUGUGUUGGAUCAAAGGGUUUCAAGCACAUGAAACACAUGUAAAUGGUUUAUCUUGUAAAAACAGGAAAAAAAAAAUAUGUAAGAAAAAAAUGUAGAAACUCCACAGAGGUCAUUUUUCUUUUCAGUUUUCUGCAGACAGGCAGAAUUGUAAACAGUGUUUUUGUUUUGUUUUUUUUCUUCCAAAUAAAUGAAUGUUAAGUAAGUUUCCCAGUCUAUUUUACUCUGACUCAUACAUCACUCUGCAAUGCUGACAGUUUUUACACAUCUCUCACCGCCUCACCUCAGUUUCACCUCAGUCGAUGAAGAUCUCACUCUUAAAUUUAAAACUCUUAAGUUUUUAAUGUGAAGAUGGAUGGAUUUAGAAGAUGGGCAGUGGAUGGAUGGACGCUGGAAUCCAGAUAGUUAUUUUAGUAAUAGAUAAAGGAUUGAUUAAAACACGUGUUCAGAACUUUGGAAGAGAGCUAUGAAUGCUUAAUGUCCUUCAGAGAUCAAACAUAAUUGGCCCUGGUUGUUUUUAGAAAUAAUAUAAAUGAAUAGUUAUGAUGCAGUAGCCACCAUGAUUUGCACAUGGUUUUGAGUGAAACAUUUAAUUUGCUAUAGGAUUGAACAUUUUCGAAAUUAACCUUUAAAUUGAGAAGAUAGUUCGUCUAUUGUGAGGUUUCAUUGUGUCAACAUUUUCUGGAUUCCUGAUUCCUCUCUGUUACUAAUGGGAUUUAAACAUGGAAGUACUGGCGAUCAUGAAAAAGGGCAUUUUUUGUUUUGUUUUUUGUUAAUGAUGCAGUGCUCUUUAACAAGCUUCCCAGGACCUUUAGUAAACAAACUGCAUCACAAAUGCAUCACUAUUUGUUACUGAGCAUGGGAUAUAUUCGGAAUAUUUACCAUUAGGUUCACCCUAAGCUCAUCUGUUAUUAGAAUGCCUAAAAUUAGUUGCAUUUGAUUAGUUUGCAAAACUCCACUUUGAGUUUAUGCUUUAAAUAUUUAUAGUUGUGAUGACAGACAUGGCUUUUAUUUAUUUUUUUAUCAAAUAACCAGCUGACAUAUAAAGAGUCUCUAAUUGUUGCUAUGGAGAUCCUAAGAUGCUCCCUUUAGCUUCAUCUCUCCCUCAGCAGGCAUUUGAGAUUUAAUUUCUCUUCCAUGACAACAAAAAAAAAGCUGUGUGACAUCAUAUGACCCCUGGAAGCCA